AUGCCCAAAACAGACGUCCUAAUCUGCGGCAGCGGCUCCGCAGGCCUCUGCGCAGCUACCUGGCUCGCGCGAUACGGCAUCCCCUGCAAGAUCCUCGAGCGGCGCCCGGGGCCGAUGACGAUGGGCCAAGCGGACGGGGUGCAGUGUCGGACGGUGGAGAUCUUCGAGAGUUUCGGCGUUGGGGAGGAACUGCUGCGCGAGGCGUAUCAUGUUUUGGAAGUUGUGUUUUGGGCGGAUGAUUACAAUAAGAUUUACAAUCAGGGUGAUGGCAGUGGUGGUGUUGGUGGUGGUGGUGGGGAUGGCUACGGGGAGAGCAAGAUUAGAAGGACGGGUCGGACGGCAGAUACGCAGCCUGGCUUGUCGCAUCAGCCGCAUGUGAUUCUGAAUCAGGCGCGCAUUAAUGGGUUGUUGAUUGAGAGGAUGCGCGCGUGGAAUGGGCAGGAGAUUGAUUAUGGGUGUGACGUUAAGAGCGUGGUUGUUGAUGAGGGGCUUGUGGGGAAUCCGGGGGCGUAUCCGGUUAAAGUGACGGCGGAGGUGGAUGGGAAUGGGGGGAGGAGGGAGGAGGUGUUUGAGGCGAAGUAUGUUAUGGCAUGCGACGGCGCACACAGUACCGUCCGCAAAGCCCUCGGCUACACCAUGGUCGGCGACAGCAGCGACGCCGUCUGGGGCGUCAUGGACAUGAUCCCGCGCACCAACUUCCCCGACAUCCGCAAGAAGGCGACGAUCCGGUCGCAGGCAGGCAACCUGCUGAUCAUCCCGCGCGAAGGUGACGCCCGCAACCUGACGCGGUUCUACAUCGAGUUGCCGGCGGGGACGCGGCCGAAGGAAGUGCGGCUGGAAGACCUGCAGCGGACGGCGCGGGGGAUCCUUAGCCAGUACGAGAUUGAGUUCGUCGAGACGGUGUGGUGGUCGGCGUAUGCGAUCGGCCAGCGUUUGGCUGAUGUUUUCCACAAGGAUCACCGCGUCUUCCUGGCGGGAGAUGCCUGCCACACGCAUUCACCCAAGGCUGGCCAGGGCAUGAAUGUUAGUCUGCAGGACGGGUAUAACAUGGGCUGGAAACUGGCUCAUGUGCUUAAAGGGCUGGCCCCGCCGUCUCUGCUGGAGACGUACGUCCUGGAGCGCCAGAAGACCGCAACCGAUUUGAUCAACUUCGACCGCUACUUCUCCCAGCUGUUUUCGUCCGGCGGCAAGGUCUCCCCCGCGGAGUUCCAGCAGGGCUUCGUUCAAUCCGGCCAGUACACCGCAGGUCUGACGGCCCGGUACGAGGCGUCCCCGAUCACCUCCCCCCGGGAUGAGUCCGCAACGCUGGCCACCAAGGUCGUGGUGGGGAUGCGACUGCCCAGCGCGCAGGUCGUGCGCUUGUGCGACUCCAAGCCGUUGCAGCUGAUGACGGCACUGCGGUCUGAUGGCCGUUGGCGGGUUAUGGCCUUUGUCGGGGACCUCCGCCGUGGAGCGAACCGGUCUCGACUGAACGCGCUGGGAAACUACCUUGGCUCGCACGACAGCCCACUGCAGACAUUCCGGAUGCCCAACGGCGCGGCCGACAGCCUGAUCGAGCCCAUCUUUGUGGGCGUCGGGAACCGCCACGAGGUCGAGCUGGAGCAGAUCCCCGACUGUUUCUACCCGUUCUGCGGCAAGAACCAUAUCCGAGAUCUACACAAAUUGUACUUUGACGACGAGAGCUACAACAAGGGCCACGGUCAGGCCUACGAGCACCUGGGGAUUAGUCCUCAGGAGGGCGCCAUCAUUAUCGUGCGCCCCGACCAAUAUGUCUCCGCCGUCUUUCGUCUGGACGAUCCCACGCAGAUCGGGACGUUUUUCGACGGGUUCCUGAACCGGUCAAAAACGGUCUCACCCGGGGGAACCAAGCUGUGA